AUGGAGCUUGUAAAUCGCGAUGUUUAUCUUAAGGUGACGGUGAUCAUCGCUCAUGUUUAUGAAAAAUAUAGGUAUAUCAUAUCCUACAAAAAGGCAUGGAUUGCAAAGUGUAAGGUAAUUGAGUCUCUGUAUGGAAAUUGGGAGACAUCUUAUAACGAUAUGCCGCAAUGGAUACUGGUUGAUGGAACAUGGUUGUAUGGAAAGUACAGAGGGACUCUGUUGAUGGUUGUGGCACAGGAUGGGAACGAGAACAUUUUUCCAAUAGCGUUCGCAUUGGUUAGAAGUGAGACAAAGGAUGCUUGGAGUUUCUUUCUUAAGAAUUUGAGAACAUACGUUACUCCCCAAGAAAAUUUGUGUCUAAUAUCAGACAGACAUGAAUCAAUAAAGAGUGCAUAUAACAAUCCGGAAAAUGGAUGGCAGUAUCCUCCGCCAUCACACGUCUAUUGCAUUAGACACAUUGCGCAAAACUUCAUGCGUGAGAUUAAAGACAAGGAACUGUACAAAAUAGUUGUUAACAUGAGUUAUGUGUUGACAGAGGCGAAAUUUAACUACUAUCGAGGGGAAAUCCGAAGAACAAAUAAUGACGCUUUAUCAUGGAUAGACAACAUCCCUCGGGAGAAGUGGGCAAAGGCAUUUGACGGAGGGCAACGCUGCGGUCACAUUAAAACUAAUCUGGCAGAAGCAAUGAACUCGGUACUCAAAGAAACCUGA